AUGAACAGUUUACCAUAUCCCAAUCAAGAAGCAGUUAGGUUGAGGAAAGUCGAAGGAGGCAUUGCUGCAGUAUCAAAGUUCACUGGAAAAUUUAAUGAAGAUAUUGUUCUUGAGAAAGAAAAAGCACUUCGGUCCUACCUUAUUAGAGACAGUCUUAAACCAAAUUUAGGUUGUUUGCUCCAUCGUUUCAAUGAUCCUGGCCGAACAUGGAGCUCCACAACGGUAUGA